GAUAAAUAGGAAAUUAUUGUAUCCCUGUAUUAUACCCCGUGAGCCAAGGCACACAUGUCACCAGAAAUUGGAGAGAUCAGUCUACUGUGAGAAUGUUCUCACCAUAGAAAGCACAACUCAUCGUUCAUGCAGUUCCAAUUUGAAGAAAGUAAACAAAUAAUCUGACAAAUAAAGGCACAGUUACAGGCUUCCAUUUAGAGAGAGAAAAAAUAACAGACAUAGUCACGUUCGUUUCAAAGAGAAGAGGUUCUUGGGAGAAAUGGAGCAAAAUUUACUAACGGAGAGACCGAAUGAAGAAGAAGGAGGAGCUCAUCAAGAAAAAGAAAAUGGGAGUUUUGGAAUGGAGUCUCUGGGGAGGUGCUUGAGCAGCUUUGUUGAUGAAGGUAGCACAGAGAGCCACAGAUACUAUCUUUCCAGAAGAACUGUGCUUGAGAUGUUAAAAGAUAGAGGCUAUUCUGUUCCAAGUUCAGAGAUUGACAUUUCUUUGCAAGAUUUUAGAGGCGUUUAUGGUCAAAACCUUGAUAUUGAACUCCUCAAGUUUUCUGCCACCCAUAAAUCAGAUCCUUCAAAAAGGAUGCUGGUGAUUUUCUGUGGCCUUGGUGUGGUUAAAGUUGGCAUGAUUCGUCUCAUUACGGUUCAGAUUACUGACAGAGACAGUUUGACUGGUCUGAUAUUAGUCUUGCAAAACAACAUAACUAAUCAAGCUAUGAAAGCUCUGGAUCUUUUCAAAUUCAAGAUUGAAAUAUUCCAGAUAACUGACUUGCUUGUUAAUAUCACAAAGCAUAUAUUAAAGCCAAAGCAUCAGGUGCUAAGUGAGCAGGCAAAACAAAGGCUCUUGAAGAAGUACAGUAUAGAAGAAAAGCAGUGGUUAAUGAUUCAAAAGUUGUGUUUUUACUACACAGUCAAGGCAUGACUGACUAAUUCUCUCAAUCUGACUUCCUCGACUGUUAAAGAAAGAUGCAAUUUCACGAUACUAUGGCCUCGAGAGGGGACAGGUGGUGAAGGUCACCUAUGAUGGUGAUAUUACCGGGUCACAUGUAACUUAUCGUUGUGUCUGGUGAUGUAAUGUGUUGUUCACACUAUGUCUUACUGUGGAUGUUGUAGAAUCUGUUGUGUGUUAUGCCUGCUUGUGCUAUGGAUACUUUUCAAUGACUUUUUAUCA